GCUCCCAAGCGGGCUCUGAAAGCGUACACGAUCUUCGCGUGGGAGCGUCGACCGGCGCUGGAGAAGCAGGGCAUGUCUCUCGGCGAGAUUGGUAGAGCACUCGGCGAGGAGUGGAGCGAGCUCAGUCAAACAGAUCAGGAGUACUAUGAAGAAUGUGCUUACACGGACAAGCGUCGCUACGAAGCGGAGCUGGUCUUCGUCGCGGCGGGCGCUUCGCACCUCGACGCGCCGCUCUCUUGGCUCUACCCGUCCAGCGGCCCGAGGACCAACGCGGGCGACGGGAUUUGGAAGAUGGACGGUCACGCCGACUCCGAGCUCUUCGAAGCCGCCCUUUCCGCGACCGUGGGCCUGCGGGAAUGCGCGCUGAAAGGCGGCAAGUGGUAUUACGAGAUUACCAUUCUAGAUUUCUGUUCCGUUCCUCAGUUCGGCUGGGCGCUCUCCGGCCUCGCCCCGACUUCAAUCAACGGCUGCGGCGACGACGGUAGGUCCUACGCCUGCGACGGCGACCGGUCCAUGCUCUGGGGCCCCGGGGCGAACUGGUCGACGGAACGACACUUCUUCCCGAACCUCCCGUGGAAGGUGGGCGACGUCGUCGGGUGCGCGCUCGACCUCGACUGCCGGGAGAUCCGCUUCUCCGUCAACGGCGUCUACGACGGCGAAGAGCCCAGCUUCUGCGACAUCGUCGACGUCUCCGACGCCGCCGCUUACUUCCCCGCGCUCUCGAUGCGCGCGGGCCAGGUCUCGGUCAACUUCGGCGGCGCGCGCGCCUUCCAGCACCUUCCGGACGGCUACGUCGCCGUCGACCGCGCCGCCGAGCCCGCCGCGGAGCCGCCGCCGCCGGCUCCGAAGCCGCUCACCGGCGCGGCCGCGCUUUUGGAGACGCUGGACAAGUUCAAGGCGCAGAACGGCGGCGUCGACGACCCGUACUACGCCUGCAUGCGCAGUGCGCUCGAGGAGCUGGAAAUCGAGGAGCGCGAGGAGGGGUCGUAAUCCAGCUUUAGUCUUG